AUGUCUUCUUCUCCUGGGAUUAAGCGUCGGGAACAUGUGGACAUGCUGUACAUCUCCAUAGAGACAGCUAUAGCCCUGGCCUCUGUGAUGGGGAAUGUGCUGGUGGUUCUGGCUGUGUGUGUGAACCGGGCUCUCCGUAACACCACCUUCUGCUUCAUUGUGUCUCUGGCUGUGGCUGAUAUCGCCGUGGGGGUUUUGGUCAUCCCUCUGGCUAUUAUCAUCAGUCUGGGAUUUAACACUCAGUUCUACACCUGCCUCUUCCUCUCCUGCCUGCUGGUGAUCAUCACCCAGAGCUCCAUCCUUUCCCUGCUGGCCAUCGCCAUCGACCGAUAUCUGCGAGUCAAGAUUCCCACCAAGUACAGCACCAUAGUGACCCAGAGGCGGGCGUAUGUGGCAGUCUGUCUGUGUUGGAUCCUCUCUUUCCUCACUGGAUUGGUUCCAAUGAUUGGAUGGAAUAACCUCAACGUUCAAAGAAACCUCAGCAGCACCAGCGACAUCGUCUGUGAAUUCACCGCUGUCAUGAGGAUGGACUACAUGGUUUACUUUAAUUUCUUUGGCUGGGUGGUGGUACCGCUGUCCAUAAUGAUAGGUCUGUAUGCAGAGAUCUUUAGGGUGAUCCGGCGACAACUUAACAAGCGUGCUGAGGCCACAUGUGACGGAGACAGAGACAGGUACUAUCGGAAGGAGCUGAAACUGGCGAAAUCACUGGCGUUGGUGGUCUUCCUCUUUGCUGUGUGUUGGCUGCCAAUACACAUCAUGAACUGCAUCAUCUUCUUCUGCCCGAAGUGUUCCAUACCCAAGUUUGCCAUGUAUGUCGGCAUUUUCAUGUCCCAUGUGAACUCGGCACUCAACCCGAUGGUUUAUGCAUUCAGGAUAAAGCGGUUCCGCAUCACACUGAUCCAGCUCGCUCGUCGAUGCAUGUUAUGUAAACCCACAACGCCAACCCCAUGCCCCACCAGUACGCCAGCCCUGACGGAGAAAGUGGAUGUAAACUUGUAACAAAGAACUGCACUGCAACGAUGACACUUGUGGGAUUGGGCGAUACUUGGAAUAUCAAUCCAUCAACAAACCAAAGCGAUACACUUCACUGAGUCACGGACAAGUAGCCAACAUAUCUGAAAUAUUCAUUUUUCUUUGAC